AAUAAUACAAUAAUCUAAUUUCUUCCUGUUACAAAUCAAUCAAAUAUUUAAAAUUAAUUUUAACUCGUUUAUUUAUGUUUUCUAAUAAAAGAAAAAUAUCAGAAAAAUCUAAAGCUAAACUUAUUAGCAUACUAAAGUACAAUAUUAGUAUACUAAAGUGAUAUCAAAGAGGAAAUUACCUCUCUCUAAUAUGUACCUUUGUGUACUCUGUAAGAUACAUUUUCUUGUGAAAAGAUAUCUACGUGUAGAGAAGCUAUCCAAAAAAUAUUCUAAUAAUAUAACAAAGUUGUUCUUUCUAUGUCGCAAUCCAUUUUACGAUGAUGACGUAUGUUCAUUUAUUUACUUAUUUAUUUAGAAAUGAAGAUAAUAAAUCCCGAAGAACUGAUAUGUUAUGAAACAUGCGGAAGCAUCAAGCAUUUUCAAGCAGAAGUACCAAGGCCGAAAGGAAUUCAGAUCAAAGCGCUUGAUCGAUUUGGAAAACCAUUUUGUUGGGAAGCAGAUGGUUGGUUAGCUAGAAUCGCUCACCACGAAAUGGAUCAUUUAAAAGGCUUAGUAUAUACUGAUAGAAUGUUUCCGCUUACAUUCGACUAUAUAGAUUGGGACGAAGAAAAUUGCUCUAACGUGAAAAAAGAUAUUGUAAGUUAAGUAUUCUGUAGAAUAGCUUUUAUAACGUGUACACGAAUUUAUAUUAUUAGAUAUAAUCUGUUAACAAGUUAAAUUGAAAUGUAGUAUGAAAGUGUAUAAAAUAUAGUGGUUUUGAAAACUUA